AACAAACCUGAGAUGAGCUUUGGAGACGCACCAUGGAGCAAUGUGCCACUCUGUAGCCUCAAAUAUGACUCAAACUUCCUCCAUACCUCUUCAUUCCUGGAUGUAUGAUGCUCUCUGGGUUUAUUUAGAGUAGUUGUGUUUUUUAAUUGUGAGUUUUAUUUAUAUUAGAGUCAGGUGAGCAUGUGUUUGAUUCUGCGUGGAUUGCCGAGGUGCCACCAGGAGUGAGUUGGGCACUAUGCGCCGCUGGGAGGUGAUUUCUAACCGACAGGCUUAUGGAAUAUAGCCCGGUUUGUCACAGCCUGUAUGCCCCCUGGUCCAGCCCUGUGAAGAAGAAACUACUCCUCCUCAGCAUCAUGUUUUUCAUCUGGGUUUACAUGCUGUACUCCUGCGUGGGCUACUGCUCCACCAUGCCAAGUUUGGUGGUGGAAGGUUACCGGGCUAAGGAGACUGGUUCCGGGCUGGGGAAGAGGACAGAGAGCGGCAGGACGGACCUGGUGUCCAGACUGCUGGCUAAACCGCAGCCGUGGGAGGAUAUAGAGAGCGACUACGAGGAGCCGUCCAUCAGGACCGCCGCGUCCAGGGACCUGCUCAAUAACGAGCUGGACACGGACUGGGACGAGGUGCGGGAAGACCUGCAGCAGAGAGCGCCGGAGCCCAGCGCCAUGUCCAGCUUCUCCAACGGAUCCGGGAGCAAGAAGCUGCCGCAGGCGAUCAUCAUCGGGGUGAAGAAAGGAGGGACCCGGGCUCUGCUGGAGUUUCUGCGGGUUCAUCCGGACAUCAGAGCCGUGGGAGCUGAGCCGCACUUCUUUGACAGAAACUAUGACAACGGACUGGAGUGGUACAGGGAUCUAAUGCCCAAGACCCUGGAAGGCCAGAUCACCAUGGAGAAAACCCCCAGCUACUUUGUGACCAGGGAGGCUCCAGCCAGGAUCUCCGCCAUGUCCAGGGACACCAAGCUGAUUGUGGUCGUGAGGGACCCGGUCACCAGGGCUAUCUCAGACUACACUCAGACUCUCUCUAAGAAGCCUGACAUUCCCUCUUUUGAGAGCCUCACCUUCAAAAACAGGACUACGGGUCUCAUCGACACCUCUUGGAGCGCCAUCCAGAUCGGCAUCUACGCCAAGCACCUGGACAACUGGCUGCAGUACUUCCCCAUGGAGCAGAUCCUGUUUGUGAGCGGCGAGCGGCUAAUCAGCGACCCGGCCGGAGAGCUGGGCCGCGUGCAGGACUUCCUGGGACUCAAGAGGAUCAUCACAGACAAACACUUUUACUUUAACCAGACCAAGGGUUUCCCGUGCCUCAAGAAGGCCGAGGGCAGCAGCAAGCCCCACUGCCUGGGGAAAACCAAAGGGCGGACCCACCCGAACAUUGACCCUGAGGUGGUGCAGAGGCUACGGGACUUCUACCGGCCCUUCAACAUGAAGUUCUACCAGAUGACAGGACAUAACUUUGGUUGGGAUUGAUGUGAAAAAUCAUAAGACUUUUUUUUUAAUUUGUUGAAGUUUUUUUUUUCCCUCUGUGAUUCAAUGGCAAGAUGUGGAGAUAUUGCUAUAUAUAUGUAAAAUGUACAGAAAUCUAUUUUAUAAUAAUUUAUUUUUAUUUCUAAGCAAUUAAUUCACUAAGCUGCCUAACCAUAUUUGUACAUAACAUCCGGCCCACAUGUUGUUUUUAACAUUCCUCAUGUUGUUUUCGGUUCUCUUGCUCCUCCCUCGUGGUCCUGUAAACUCAGCGGAUUUAUCGGUGCUUUGUUAUGCAGAUAAUCAGCGGCGGCUGGAGUCGAAACGAGAGUGGAAAUAUAGAAAAAAAAAGCACCAUAUUACGGGUACAGAGUGCUCACAGAGAAGUGGAGAAUACCUUUUCAUGUACAUCCUCAUUUACACAUACAUCAUAAUGCUUUUUAAUCCUCGUCAUUCUGCGUCUGCGUUUCACUACAGCAGUUAACUUUUCUACAAUCCAAUUUUCCUACACUUGCAUCGGCCUACGCUACAGAUCUUAUGUCCCUUUCCACUCAAUAACAGCUUGAUCAAUAAGCCUAAUUGAUCCUCAUUGUGUCACUCAUGCUUAAAGUAUACAGCUGCCCUUUCAUUCUCAGUGCUCCUGCUGCCUGCUCUAAUGAAUGGCCCAUCCAUCAAACGGCAAAUCCCAUCCCGGACUGCAUAAGGGCCCCAUGUUAACAUUAUGCUAAUCGGGUAAAGGUAACAGGCAGAUCGAUCGAGCCUCCGCUCUCCAACUCCCCAUUAGGAGCAGCGUUGGCAGAGAGCCAGGCUCCUGCCCUAUCCGCUGGGUUCAAAGGUCACACAAAGUCUCAAUCACAUUUCCUUGAGAGGCAUUUGAUUUGUCGAGGGGGAGAGUGUGUGCCUUGUUUCCACGGUAAAAUGGAAAAUCUUUGCGUGAGGUAGCAGAGGCAUAAAGAUGACAGACAGCAGAACCAAGGCGUCGCCUCAUUGAAAUAGCUCCUCUUCAAACAGAUGCCUCAUCUUAGAUCCCAGACUAAAGAGAUCAAAGGGACAGGAAAAGGGUUUUGUGAAGCACUCUCAACACAGCAAGAUUAGCCUCAGGCGGGGUUUUAGUGUCUAACCUCUUCGGUGAUCGUCGGAAAGCCUCAUGUGCCGUCAUCCAUGGCCGAUAUACUUUAUGCCUUAUUCACUCUUGUCAUCCUCACACAUCUCAUCUCUCUCCACAGCAGAUCUCUUCUCUCUACUUGUUGCCAAAAAAAACAAACCCCUUUGGGUUGCUAUCAUGUUCCACACAGCUUGAAUCUCUAUCUCUGCUCUUCCCUCUGCAUUGCUUCUUUGUUUUCGUCUUUCUACUUGAAUUCUUGAUAUGCAAGAAGGAGAAAAUGCGUGGCUAUCAUUUUUUUUGUGGAUGUGCUGCCCUGUCUGUUUGCAGCGGGUGGCACGCUAUUUUAAGGGCACGGGGAGGCGUCUGUGUCUCCGUGCUACGCGAUGCUAUGCAUGCUCAAUGUGGUGGCCAUUAAAAAAAUAAUAAUCGCAGGUAUAAUGAGGAGGGACGAUUAGCGUCCAGAGGAGGGCUUCAGACUGAAUGUACACAACCGAUCCUCACAACUAAAGUCCCUCAAAUCCACGUUUAAAGAUCAGAUUGUCACAGUUUAAAGUUGAAUUUGAUUGUCCCUGCUUUCUUUUGAAGUAAAGAAAAUGUUGUGCCUCUCUAACUAUCCAAUCCAACACAGCUAACCUGCUCCUGUCGUUUUAACAGAUAAUCACUAAUUCAGAUACUUCUCUUAUUUUCCAGUUGGAACCAGCUGCCUGGUUUAGCCUCAAACCAAUGGUUGUUAGCAGGGGAGAUGGAGGCUUGUUACACUGCAUCUAUUUAAACUCUUUGGGGCCUAUGCGAUGAUACUCCUUGCAAGAAUUAAACUGGAGAAAGCCUUCAUCCCCCCUCCUCUCCUUUUAGUGCAAUGUGUGAUUUUAAUAAAGCAUUUAUGAUGACCUCUCGUAGCAAGGUGUCACAUCCUGGAAGGAAAGUCUGUCAUGUUGCCUGUAAUUGAUGGAGAAACUGCAUCUGAAUUCUGGUCGAGUUCACACGUCUGAGGGGAAAUCUGAAAAAUAAAGAAUAAAAAAAAACACAUCCGGCGCCCUUGGGUCAACUCCAUGCUGCCACAUCAGCUACGGUUGAGUUUUAUUCAACCAGCUCUGAGAUCUAAAAAAU